ACUCAUACACACAAGCAUUCCUCUAGUAUGUACCAAGCGGAGGCCUGUUCUGUGGUUUCUAGGAGAGAGGUAGCGGACGAGGUGCGAAGGAAGUACUUAUGCCCAGUGUGGUGGCGAACGGCGACUUACUGGUGAGUGAAGGGAGGAGUUACCGGAUGACCGCGCCCCGUGCUUGGCUGCGACGUGACAGGACUCGAAUGUGACAGGACACCACCCGACGCGCCGUGGUGGUACAGCAGCGGAUGUGGGCGAGUAAGUUAAAAAGGAAAGUGUCGCUGGAUGCAAGGCUGGCAGACAAGCAAAACAGACGCGAGCUGUUGCGAAAGGCAGUGUCAGGCCAGGUCAGGUCAGGCAAUCGCAGCCCCUGCCUGCAGCAGCAGCAGCAACAGCCUCCUCCCCCCUAGACCCCCUUUCUCCCCCGUUUCCCCUGACUCCUCGCCCACAUCGUAGAAUGCUUCAUUGGUAAUGCUACCGCCACUCUCGAAGCAAGCAAAAGAGUGAGAAGUCGGGAAUGUACGCAGUGGAGCCAGGGUGAGCACCGUUCAUUGGGUUGAGUGUGAGCGUUGUCGCCAAAGCCUGAGGAAACCGGAAACCAUCCUUCAUUUGCGAAGGAAAAACGUUCCAGAAGGAAUAUGUGAGUAGUACACACUUCCCUCUUUCCUCCUUCCCCCGCAAGGUUGCUCAAGGUACAGUAUGUUACGAAGUACGUGGGAGUAUUUAAUUUUGGUGGAGCAGGGGGGAGGACGCUUUGGAUUUAGGCAUGGGGGUCUCUUUCCAAUUUGUUCUUAAUGAUACAUUCUGUUGAUGAUUUAUGAUGGUGGUGCUGAUGAUGAUUGCACAUGGGGGAUGCUGUGCUGGGUGAUGGCCUGGGAGAGGAGAGGAGAGAGAGAGAGAAACGAGAGCGGGGGUUGUUGGUGUGCGGAUGAGCGAGAGGCGAGGAUGAGCGAGGACAGGGUGCUCUGUUUCGUUUGAAAUCAUCGCGUCGGUUGGAAUGUGAGUUCUGCCCUUGUGCUUGGGUUGAAAAUGGUGUGACAUUGAGUACAUUUUUGUAGCGGGGACGGGGCGUUCAGUUUUGGAGCAGAAGUCUCGGGGAGGGUGAAAGGUGUAGGUCGAGAUCGGCAAGCGGUAAUGUUGAGAGUGCUUUUGUGUAGAUCUGGGCCGUGAAGGUAGGCAGCUGAGAUAGAAUCGGAUCUUCGAGGGGAGAGGGUGGAGACAAAGAUCACAUUUUCUCCUGUACUGCUAGCAUUUUGCUAAUCGCCCUUGGGCGCAGACGGUCGCUGCGAAGCUAGAUUGGUAAUCGCGGGACUCUCCGUCCCGCAUGUGACAACGCACAGGUGUAGAGUCGAUGGAGAUGAUCGCAGGAGCAGGUUUAAUUAGAACAAAAUAUUCUGGUAUUGAUGCAUGGAAAGGCGGUUCGGCCACUGGGUUUUCUCCUUGGAAGCACUGCGAGUCCCCCUCGUAUUCACCGAAAAAUCCUGGAGCAUGCUAUGCUGUGAAAUCGAGCUCAGGAUAUGAAUUCUCCAAUUUUUUCUCGGUAGCAGACAGCCAAUUCCCGCUCAAAGCAUCGGCGGGGUUGCAUGGCACCUCGAGGGGUAUGAAUGCCGCGGCGGCGACAGGCAAUGGAGCCUUCACAGGGGGAAAUAGGGCUGAAGACGUGAACGAUGCUUUCUCGAAAGUAUUGCCACACACUGUUCUCGAGAAAGAUAGUGCAGCAUUUAGGGCGAUCCUAGCUGCCAUAGCCAGUGUCGCACUGGCAGCCGAGAAUCAGAGGCGACAUGACGUUUUUCCUGUAAAAUCAGAAGUUCCCGUUGAUGCUCUUCGACAAGGGAGGCUUGUGGAGAGCAGGCUAGUGUACCGGCAGACAUUUGUGAUUCGCUCAUAUGAGAUAGGAGCUGAUCGAACGGCCUCCAUCGAGACAAUGAUGAAUCAUUUCCAGGAGACGGCUUUGAAUCAUGUGUGGAUGUCGGGGAUUGCUGGGGAUGGCUUUGGAGCAACGCGUGCAAUGUCUUGCAGGAAUCUAAUCUGGGUCGUUAGCCGGAUGCAAGUCCACGUUGAGCAGUAUCCUGCGUGGGGCGAUGUUGUUGAGGUGGGCACGUGGGUUGCUGCAUCCGGAAAGAAUGGGAUGCGUCGAGAUUGGCUUGUACGAGAUUACAAAACAGGACAGAUUUUAGCCCGUGCUACUAGUACAUGGGUGAUGAUGCACAGAAAAACAAGAAAGCUUUCUAAGAUGCCCGAAGAAGUCAGAGCUGAAAUUUCUCCCUAUUUUCUGGAUAGAUCGGCAAUUAAAGAUGAGAGCAUGUUAACACAGAAGAUCAUCAGGCUCGAUGGGAAUGCACAGUUCGUUCGGUCAGGGCUAACACCGAGACGCAGUGAUUUAGACAUGAAUCAGCAUGUGAACAACGUGAAGUACAUCGGUUGGAUGAUGGAGGGUAUUCCGCCCACAAUUUUGGACAAUUAUGAGUUGGCUAGCAUGAAUCUGGAGUACAGGCGAGAGUGCGGACAGUCUGAUAUGGUUCAAUCAAUGGUCAGUCUUGAGCCAUCAAUCUCGGAUUCUCCAGAGUCGAAUGGGGUUUCAAAUGGGACAUCUAAUGGCGCAUCUAACGGUGCAACGCAUACCUUCUCACACUCGGCAGCUUCCCCGACUCGGAUGCCUGAGUUGAAAAUUACAGAUGUCAAUGUAGGUUUUUUGCAAUUUGUACACUUGUUGCGGAUGGAAAGUGAUGGAGCAGAGAUACUUCGAGGGAGAACUCGUUGGAGACCAAAGAACCUCCCUCUACCUUAAUAGUAUAAAAGUUACUGAAUCCUAAAUUUAAAGCUUUUGAAGAAUAUGAAGAAUGUACGUGUACACUGCUAUGUUAUUUACAUGUCUAACUAUUCUAAUGUUCACACACUCUAAAUGUUUGAAAAAAAUUCACUUCUGAUGCGCUGCACUUAUAGAGGGUUGAUUCGAUGAAAAAAUAUUUUUGUGUGAAGGAGAUACUGGUAGUUAGGAGGCUUGUUGAUGACUUCAGUUCAGUUCCAUCUACCGAAUGUGACCACUGCUCAUUUCAGCUUCACUGGAAGAUGGAAGAAUCGCAACAGGUAGUCAUGAAACACCAAGCUUCACUUUGUAGUUUAUGCAGAGACCCCAGAUAGAGUUGUGCACUUGCUUUGAUGAAAUACACAUCGAAGGCAUACAUGUACUGAAACAUUAGACAAAAACAGAAAAAAGAAGAAGAAUGAAGUUAUGAUCA